AUGCAGACUGCUUCUACAAACAUUUGAAACACUGUGAAAUAAGUUCAUCCGCGAAAUUUCCUUGCUACUAAAUAUUCGCCAGUCAACUGUUAGUGGUAUUAUAACAAAGUAGAAGCAAAUGGGAACAACAGAAACUCAGCCACGAAGUGGUAGGAAACGUAAAAUGACAGAGCAGGGUCAGCGCAUGCUGAAGCACACAGUGUGCAGCAGUCGCCAACUGUCUGCAGAGUCAAUGGCUAAAGACCUCCAAACCUCGUGUGGCCUUCAGAUUAGCACAACAACAGUGCCAAGCGAGCUUCAUGGAAUGGGUUUCCAUGGCCGAGCAGCAGCAUCCAAGCCUUACAUCACCAAGUGCAAUGCAAAGCGUUGGAUGCAGUGGUGUAAAGCACACCUCCACUGGACUCUA